AUGGCAAUUCCUAUGCCAGCAAUGACUGGCAUACACCCAACGCCUCCAUCCUCGGCCACGAAUAUAUCGGGCAGACCAGACUUGCCGGAUAAGGACAUCAGCAGCACAACAAUCGAGGAUGCCUACGUCAAUUUCAUCCUUCACUGUAAUCCAGGAGUCCCAGUUGAAACAGACACCAAUGUUUUGGCCGAAGCUUUCCGUGUUCCUCCAAAGAGUGAUGGAAAAACGUUUAGCACUUUUGUCCUGUUCGAGUUAAUAAAGAAACUCCACGUCAAAGAGGUCAAGACCUGGGCUGAUUUGGCUGUAAAAUUGGGUGUCAGUCAACCUGAUCCAGAAAAGGGCCAGAGUUCCCAAAAGAUCCAGCAAUAUGCCGUGAGGCUCAAGAGGUGGAUGCAUUCAAUGCAUAUCGACGCCUUCUUCGACUACCUUGUUGGCAAUGAGCACCCGUACUGGACACAAGUUCCAACGGAUCCAAAUCCAGUUUGUGAAGAAGGAAGAGAUGGUGUCCUUGCUGAAGAUGACAUGGCGUUAAGGUCGCUGUUGCCAGAAAUCAGACCGAGGCGCGGGCGACGAAAACCAGAGGAUGAUUUAAACAAAUCUCCGUCACAGCGACCUAAGCUACAGUCACCGAGCCUUAAUAUCGAUGGCACCAAUUCAAGAUCAAAUUUCUCUGAGUCUUGGACGGCGCAUCCUGAUGGUCAGCGUACCUUCUUGUUUCCCCCGACGGACGAGGUCAGAUCAAGUAUCUUGCCCGGGUCCAGUUCCGCAUUUCCAUGGCCGUCUGAAUAUAGUCAAACACCUAUGACAGCAUACCCACAUUCGGCAAUGACACCAAUCAAUGGAAACGCGUUCUGGCCAGAUGAGCCUCGCUCUGCAAUCACACCCUCAAAGGCGAAGCAACUUGGAAGAAGGCAUGGCGCAAAAGUUGUUUCUUCGGCCUGGCGAAGUGCCAGCUCCAAUAGCAGCGGCAAGACACGUGGGCGGCCGCCUAUAAAUCGUGGUUUUGAUAGCCCAUUGUCUGCCGCUCCAGAUGGCAACAGGGUGUUUCAGGCAACGACCUUUGACAAAGACAUCCCUCAAUCUGCCAUAGUUACUUCUACACCCGCUUUUUCUGCUCCAAAUGCUCCAGCUCCCACUUCUGCGCCUGUAUCAGCCCCGACGUCAGCCCCAACCUCCGUUCCUACACCGACAUCAGCAGGGCCAACUCAGUCGGCACGACUUGGACGGCCUGGGCGGCUUUCGCUCCAGGUUCCAGAACGGCAGGGUGGGAGUGUGCGACUUGCAACGCCACCGCUGCCCGUCGUGACAGUCAAUGGGCAGUCCACAGUCAGUGCAGAGGACAACAAUGAUGCCUCGGGCGAACACAGUGGCCCAAAUCUUGCAGGUGCAAGUGCGUCACCUCAGUACAGGGGGCCGGUAGCAUUGGUUCCCAAUACCAAUGGGGUCACAUCGCAGAUUAUGAGUAGGUCUCUAGAUGAGAGUACGGUCAACAUCAACGAGGUUGAGAGCCUAUUUAUUUCGGAACUCCUGGUUGCCAACUGGCUCGAUGCUAGUGGCAAUAAUAUUCCAGCCUGUGAUUUCGCCGAAGCCGAAGCCAUAGCCAAGGUGGUGAUAGGAAAUAUGCAGAAGCAAGCCCUCACACCAGAGACUUUCCUUCUUAACUUGGCGGCACUUGCAAGCGGGAGUGUACUACAGAGAGGAUUGAAGGCCACGAUUACACGAAUCGAGGUUGGCCCUACUGCUAACAAAUAUACUUGCAAAUGGGGCUUGCGCUAUGGUGACCUGAUUGGUAACUUCUCUCUGACCGAGACUGUCCCACAUAUUGCGUGGAAGCGUGAGAGCGGCAAUGCUAAUAUCCCGGCAUUCGAUGAAGUGAAGGAGGACCACGCAGCUGCGCUACAUUGGAAGAAGAAAUAUGAGGAUUUGCUGCAUGCUGUGAAAAUGAACCAUCAGCAAAACACAGACUUGAAGAUCAGUGUUAUCGAGUCUCUGAAAGAGUCAAAGUGA